UGAAAGUCAAGUUUUUUUAGUGAAGAAACCAAUUGCUUCGCAAAUAUGGACAAAUUUAAUUUUAAAAUAUUAAUCAUAAUCAGUUUUAUAAGUUUUUUAACGGUUUCAUCUUCUCCGUUACAUCCAAAUGUAAUAAUAAUUGGCACAGGAGCCGCUGGUAUUGCAGCAGGAACAAAAUUAUACGAAAAUGGAAUAAAAAACAUAUUAUGGUUAGAAGCUGAAAAUCGUAUUGGUGGACGAAUUGAUACUCGUAAAUUUGGUGUAGCUCAUAUCGAUUAUGGUGCACAAUUUUGCCAUGGGGAAAAAGAUAAUGUUGUUUUUGAAAUGGCUAAUCCAUUAGGAUUGUUAGAACAUUCUAUUUUUAAUUUUUCUAAUUCAGAUCUUUUACCAGACUUUUAUACUCCCUCUGGUGAAAUGUUACCGAAAAUUGAAGUAGAAAAAGUGAAUAGUUUAAUUGAAGAAGUUAUUAAUGAUCAAGUAGAACUCGGUAGAUUUAAUGGUUCCGUUGGACAGCUUUUAGAUUUAAAGUUUUCAGAAAAAUUAAAAAAUGAAUUAAAAAAUAUAGAUGAAAACAUUUGUUAUUAUGUAAAAGAUUGGACAAAUAAAAGUCAUCUUUCAAACGAUGCAUCAGACAACUUGUAUGAGUUAUCAGCAAAGCGUAUAGCAGAAUAUGGAGAAAGUGAAGGUGAUAAUGGUCUCAACUGGAAGGGUAGAGGGUAUAAAACUGUUUUAGACUUGAUGAUGAAGAAAAUACCGGACCCAAAAAACGCAUUACCACUUGAUGAUAAAAUACUGUUUAAUAAAGAAGUUGUCAAAAUCAUUUGGAACUCAGAUCCAAAUCCAAAUGAAGUGACAGUUAAAUGUGCUGAUGGAUCAGAAUACAAAGCAGAUCAUGUAAUUGUGACUGUUUCGCUAGGAGUUUUAAAAGAACGAUCGGAUUCAUUAUUUCAACCAAAAUUACCAUUAGCCAAAAUAAACGCAAUUCAAGGAAUUGGUUUUGGAAUUCUAAAUAAAUUAAUAUUUGAAUUUGAUCAUCCUUGGUGGUCUACGGAUAAAUUGCAUAAUGGUUUUACUUUUGUAUGGAAAGAAAAUGAAUUCGAAGAACAAGUUAAGAAAUUUAAUGGAUCCGAGGAGAGUAAUAGAUGGUUAUUUGAUGUUCUUGGAUUUUAUCCAAUAGAACGUCAACCAAACAUGCUGUUAGGAUGGAUUGUAUCCGAGUCAGCAAGGCAUAUGGAAAAAAUUCCCGAAAAUGAAGUAAAAUCAAAACUUAUUCAGUUAAUGCGAAUAUUUUUGGGUCGCAAAUUCAAGAUUCCAGAACCUACCACAUUUAUCAGAUCUCAAUGGUUCACAAAUCCACAUUUCCUUGGAUCAUAUUCGUUUCACAGCAUGACAACUGAAAAAUUGAAUGCUCGACCCACGGAUGUAGCAGAACCUUUAAAAAAUUCUGCCGGUAAAGAUGUUAUAACAUUUGCAGGUGAAGCAACAAAUCCUAUCCAUUAUGCAACAGUUCAUGGUGCUAUUGAAACUGGUUGGCGAGAAGCUGAUCGAUUAUUAAAACUUGUUAGGUUGUGAUCGCAAUUUUUAUUAUCGAAAUUUAUAAUAAAAGUAUUAAUAUUGUAAACUAGUUUCUAAUUAAAAACGUUACUUUUA